CGAGGCCUCGUUUUUCUCUCCCCUCGACGUCGAACCAACCCCUUGCUCACUCCUACGCCAUGUUCUUCGCUCCCGCCUUUGUUACCCUCUCUACCCUCACCACCCUCGCUUUUGCCGCCACUGGGCCCCCAAUCACCGUACCUGCAAAGGAUCAGUGGUGGGUUGCACAGUCCAGUAACGUCCUUACAUGGGAUUGCCACAACUCUCAGGCGACACAGUUUGGGGUUUACGUAACGAACAAGGACCCGAAGGUUUUCUCAGGAGCACUGGGAAUUAUUGCGAUACUUCAGAACGACGUUUGUUCAAAGGAGAUCACUCUACAACAGGUCAACCUGAAUGCUGGAACUGGUUACACAAUUUUGUUCACCGACCCCGUGAACCAGACUAACAUUUUAUCCCAGUCUGAUGAGUUCGAAAUCAAGCCUCUUGGUUCACCAUACCCUACCCCUCCCGGCUCUAGCACUGGUAGUGGUACUGGUACUGGCACCGGCACCUCUGCUAACUCUCAAAGCACCGGUAAAAACGGCGCCUCCUCCUACAAAAGUUCACUUGGUUACAGCUUCGCCGCCGUUGGUGCCUUGGUUGGUUUGAUUGCUGCAUGAGAUGGGUGUUGGUCUUUUUUUUGGGAUCCCCGGGAACCUUUUACGUAUGUCUAGGCUGUGAUCAAUUCUGACCACUUUUUUAUAUCUUUUGCUUUUGGACCUUUCCUCCUUUCUUUCUCUUAUAUGUUGACAUCAACUAUUCCGUGUUUAUGUAGGAACCCAUGUGGGCACCUAUUUCCGCUCCUUUAAUCAUACACUCU